UUCUGAUUCCUUCUUCUAUUUUCUCCUUUUCUCGAUUUCAGAGUUGUAGAGUUUCCAGAAAUGCUUCCGCAGAGUUCUUCAGGCGCUUUUGAUUAACCUUCUGAUUCCGGUUCCGGUACAAAUAAAUCGAGCCUCCACUGAAUUUCACUGGACAAGACUCAUCACCUAACAAACCAGAGCUUCUUUCUAGGGUUUGUCUCUUGUUCUUCUGUUUUCACUUGUUUGGUAUGCUUGAGACAAAUCCUUUGAGUCUUUAUUGUGUAUUCUUUUUCAGGGUCGGUGACAUUUUCUUGGUUGUUGUAAGACUAUGGACAGAAUCAGUGGGUUACCUGAUGAAGUACUGGUUAAGAUACUGUCGUUUGUUCCGACUAAAGUUGCUGUGUCAACGAGCAUUUUGUCGAAACGAUGGGAGUUUCUUUGGAUGUGGUUGACUAAACUUAAGUUUGGUAGUAAACGUUAUUCAGAGUCUGAAUUCAAGAGGUUACAGUGUUUUCUUGAUAGGAAUCUGCCAUUACAUAGAGCUCCCGUUAUAGAAAGUUUCCGUCUUGUGUUAAGUGAUUCGCAUUUUAAACCUGAGGAUAUCAGAAUGUGGGUUGUAGUAGCAGUUUCUCGCUACAUACGUGAGCUGAAGAUUUAUAGUUCUCACUAUGGGGAGAAGCAAAACAUAUUGCCAAGUAGCUUAUAUACCUGCAAAUCGCUCGUGAUCUUGAAACUCGAUGGCGGGGUUCUCUUGGAUGUUCCUCGAAUGGUUUGUCUUCCCUCUUUGAAAACUUUGGAACUGAAAGGUGUGAGAUACUUCAAGCAAGGAUCUCUUCAGCGGCUUCUAUGUAAUUGCCCUGUUCUUGAAGAUCUAGUAGUGAAUCUAUCUCAUCAUGACAAUAUGGGAAAGCUUACUGUUAUUGUCCCAUCUUUGCAACGUUUAUCACUCUCUACACCUUCUAGUCGUGAGUUUGUCAUAGAUACUCCUUCUUUACUGUCUUUCCAACUUGUGGAUCGUAAUGAUAAUAGUCACACCUUUUUGAUUGAGAAUAUGCCUAAGCUGAGGGAAGCAUAUAUCAAUGUUCCAUUCGCUGAUAUCAAGAGUCUCAUCGGAUCAAUCACAUCUGUCAAGCGGCUUGCAAUAUCCUCUGAGGUUGGUUACGGUGAAGGUUUUAUCUUCAACCACCUUGAGGAACUAACGCUAUGGAACAAGUAUUCUUCGAAUCUCCUCGUCUGGUUCCUCAAAAACUCUCCUAACUUACGAGAACUAAUGCUCGUCUCCGAAACGGAUGAUCAUGAGAAUCUUGGUAUGCUUUCCUGGAAUCAACCGAGUAUUGUUCCUGAAUGCAUGUUGUCGAGUCUACAAAAAUUCACUUGGUUUAAAUACUUAGGAAGACCACAAGACAGAGAUAUUGCGGUUUACAUCUUGAAAAACGCUUGCCGCUUAAGGACUGCAACAAUCAAAUCUGAUACACGUUUGUUUACAAAACUCGAGAUGAUAACGGAGUUGAGACUUUCUUCCCAAGCUUCAUCAACAUGCGAACUCAACUUUUCUUGAGGAUUUGAGAUUCUAAGAUGUCUACAUUUAUAUAAUAGGAUUGUAAUUCCUAUCUAAACUCGUCUGACUGUCCAACAAAGAUCCUAUAACGAAUUUCUUGUUCUUCUACUCUCUUGCUCGUAUGGUUUAGUCUGUCAUAAAAAAAAAAACUUGUUUACGUAUAAUGGAGAUACACCAGAGCGAAGUUGUAUACCGAUAGUAUAAUGGAGAUGCUUUGUGAACAAGAAAAGAGUACUAGUUCUGUUUU